AGCACUGCAUCGUUGUAUCUCCAGCUCUAAGGCGUUUUUGCAAGCAUUUGUUUUAUUUAUUUUGUAACAACAAAUUAAGACAGAUAAACGACUGGGCCACAGCUAAUUCGUUGCCACAAGAGCCAGCAAAGCGCCAAAGCAUAAAAAUAUCAUGGGCGAACAACCGAUUUUCACCUGCCAGGCGCAUGUUUUCCAUAUUGAUCCCAAGACGAAACGCACCUGGAUCACCGCCAGCAUGAAGGCUGUGAAUGUGAGCUUCUUUUAUGACAGCUCACGGAAUCUCUACCGCAUCAUUAGCGUCGAGGGCACCAAGGCGGUGAUCAACUCCACCAUCACCCCAAACAUGACAUUCACACAGACCUCCCAGAAGUUUGGCCAAUGGAGCGAUGUGCGUGCAAAUACGGUGUAUGGACUGGGCUUUGCCUCCGAGGCAGAGCUAACAAAGUUUGUUGAGAAAUUCCAGGAGGUCAAGGAAGCUACCAAAAAUGCCAUGAAAUCGGCCAAUGGCUCGAAUGCCGUCACGCCCACCACAUCGGCCAACACUUCGCCCAUUUCCGGACGGGCUAUUGGUGCCAUGCAAAACGAUAAUACUGCCAUCGAUCCGCAUACCGUGGAGCCGCCAAAUAUGAGCAACACAAACACACAGAACGCCAAUCCGGACAGUCCCUCCCACAAGUUGCUGAACACAAGCGACGGCAAGCCAGACAUUGGCUCGGCCACGCCCUCACCACAGCCCACUAAUGUAGGAGCUGGCGAUUUAAGAGGCGGCGGCGGUGGUGGUGCUGUGACCAUCUCCUCGGGCGGCAGCAUUGUGGGCAUGCAUACGGGACCCGGAGCGGGCGCCACAGCCGAGCAGCAGCUAAAAUACGAGAAUGAACGCCUGAAAAUGGCACUGGCACAAAGCUGUGCCAAUGCCAAGAAAUGGGAAAUCGAACUGGCGACCUUAAAGAAUAACAACAUACGCCUGACCAGUGCAUUGCAGGAAUCUACGGCCAAUGUGGACGAAUGGAAGCGUCAAUUGCACACCUACAAGGAGGAGAAUAUACGCCUAAAGCGUGAAAUGGAUCUGAUGCGCGUUGGCGGUGGGGCUGGAGCUGCUGCGGCUGCCGGGGGAGGUACAGAGGAUGAACUGCGUCGCGAAGUGGCGGCUCUGAAGGCGCGCACAGAGCAACAGCAGGCGGAGCUGCUGCAGCAGGAACUAGAGCUUAAGACGGUGAACAUAACACUGAGGGAAAAGUGCAAUGAUCAGACUCUGGCAAAACUGAGCGAACUGAAUGUGGUGUUUGCCAAGCAGCUGUCGGAGCUGUAUGCCGUGCAAAAGGAUAUGGAAAAUGUCAUACAUCCCGUCAAGUGCACUUGAGACACAGAGUCGGGGGUUAAAAGAAAGGUUUCAGCGCAGGAACAGACUACAAUGGCAACCACAACAACUACAACGACAUCAUCGACCACCACCACCACAUCAGCAACCACAACUAGUAAACGUUAUUUAAGCAAUUUUCUUAUGGCCGAGGCCGAGAGCACUCUCUCGAAUGUCACCUCGAUCCACACCCAGCUGCAGUCGUCGCUGUAUGAGACCCAGAACACGGCACAGCUGAAAGCCCUCGACAAGCACUCGGCCCUGCUCCAGGAGCUGCACCAACGACAGGCGGCACCGCGACGCCGCAGCAGCUCAGUGGCCGCCAGUGAGGCAGGUGCUGCUGCUGCCGCCGCGGAGGCUGCCGCUGCCGCCUCUGGUGGGGGGGCAAAAACUGCCACAAUACUCGUAUCGAAAUCAAAAACUAAAACCGGGCUGCCCCUGUUGCUGAAAAAUUCCAUUAACAAUUAGAGAAACAAAUCGAAAGAAGAAUGAGAAAUUAGUCAGCGACAUUUUUGUAAUCUUUAUAUAUUUGUAGUUUGUAUACAAAAAAGGACGAGAGAAACGUCAAAAGGAAAACAGGCACGCACCCCCCUAUGUAUUUGUAUCACUACCCCUUCCCCCACAAUCAUUGUAGGCUUAGAUUUCGUCAUUUGUAUGUAUAGCGUCUUUUUGGUGCCCUCAAACACAGUAUUUAGAAUCGUCACCACUUUUUGUAGAUCUUUGAGCAGAUAGUCAAAGAAAAAACAUGCGCGAAUAUUCCCAGUGCAAUAUUUAUGCAAUAUAAACAAUGAUAUUAUAUG